AUGGUGGAAUUCGUCGUUAAUAAGAAAACCAUACUUGGAAGAGCAGGAACCAUCGAAUCAUGGGGUCGUCACUUUGUGAAGCACGCCACGCCCUCAUGCAUGAUCUACCUCCGAGGUGGUCACAUACCACAUCUCACUUGGGAGGUCGCGCAGAAUUGGCUGAAACUCGAUCAAGUUCCCAUAUAUCAGUUAACGCUGCCAUCCCUGAUUGAGACGUCAAAUGUGAUCGGCAAAUUUGGAAAAGGGGCUCCUACGUUCUGCGGAAUGCCUAAAAACUCCCCAGUUCAUUUGCAUAUCACUGAUCCUCUUGGAGAAAUGAGGUCGGGAUUCAAUGAUACGAAAUCAAUUGCUCUCUUCACAAAAGGCGGGAAGAAACUGCUUGACGCGCACUGGCAUCGUGAAAUUAUCCGUAGUUUUCUGUGUGAUUCCUACGACACAAUGCUUGACUAUGAUGCACCAAAAGGGUCAUUAAAUAAGCGUCUAGCAAAAGGAAUCGAGAGAUCAAAGUCAUUCUGUGAUUAUUUGUUUGGAGAAGAUGAGGAUAGCGCAGAGGGUGCGGUGUUGAUUUCCUUAGGCGGUGGUCACAGUAACUAUUAUCGCCGAAAAUUUGCUGUAGAUGUAGGACUUAGCAAGAAAUGCGAUGGGUAUUCUGUGGAUCUACGGGGAUUUGUGCAUGGAAAUGAAGUGGAUCUUGGAGAAAUACGAGAGCUGGUAGAGGAGACAUUUGCCCCUUUGCCACCAGGUAAGCUUCGUUUUGUGGCUGGACCGUUCGAUCCUGCAAUGGUGCUGCAUUUAUCCAAACUAGGAUUCGACUUGUUCGACUCGUCAUAUGCAGUGAAGAUGGCCGAAGAGGCAAAAGCUAUCCGGUUAGCGGACGAUUUUCCGUAUUCAUCGCGCUUCGAGCUGCUAGAUUUUAACGUAGACAAAUACGCUGACGACUACGACAAAUUGUUCCAAUCUUGUGAGUGUUAUACUUGCAAGAAUUACACCAGGAUGUAUCUGCGGCAUUUGACGAACACCAAAGAGUUACUAGGACCAAUUCUACUUGUAAUUCAUAAUAUGAUGGAAUACCAUCGCAUGUUUUCCUUAAUAAGGACGGCUAUCGACGACGGAGAUGCGGUUUGA